AGCUGAUACAUAUUGCAAACCGGACUGGUGCCAUGUCUGCUCCUGGUGAAGGUGCAAAUCAUGAGUGGCGGCCAUUUGAGCAAGGAGUUUUUCGAGCUGGUGAAGAGCAUUGGCGAGUCACGCUCCAAGCAAGAGGAGGAUAAGAUCAUUGUUGGAGAAAUUGCUAUUCUGAAGCAGCACCUCAGUGCGCCCAACAUUUCGGCCAAGAAGAUGAAGGAGUACAUGAUUCGUGCAGUUUAUGCAGAGAUGCUCGGACACGAUGCUUCCUUCGCCUACAUUCACGCCGUGAAGCUGACGCACGAGAAGAACCUCUUUGCAAAACGGAUUGGCUACUUGACUUGCAAUCUUUUCCUUCACAAAGACCACGAGCUUAUGCUGCUACUGAUCAACACCAUGCAGCGGGACUUGCAGAGUGCCAACCACAUUGAGGUGUGUUCUGCCCUUGCGUCCGUUUGUCGACUUGUGAAUUUGGAAAUGAUUCCAGCAAUAUCACCCUUAGUCUUCAAACUCUUAUCUCAUCCGCAAGAGGCCGUUCGGAAGAAGGCAAUCGUAGCCGUCCACAAGUUCUUCAAAAUUGUUCCAGAGGCAGUUUUGGACCAGAAGGACCAGAUUCGAAAAGUCCUGUGCGAUCCAGAUCCCUCAGUUAUGGGUGCAUCACUCCAUGUGCUGUGUGAGAUUGCCAAAGCUCAUCCCGCGUCUAGCAAAGAUUUGGUGCCUUCAUUUGUGAGCAUUCUGAAGCAGAUCACUGAGCACCGACUUCCUCGCGAUUUUGAUUAUCAUCGGAUGCCUGCACCGUGGCUCCAGGUGAAGCUCCUCUCCAUUCUCAGCAUUCUUGGAACUGCUGACAAAGCAGCUUCAGAACAUAUGUACGAGAUCCUACAGGAAUGCAUGCGGCGAGCUGACAGUGGAGUCAAUGUGGGCUAUGCGAUCAUCUACGAAUGUGUCAAGUGCAUCACGAGAAUUUUUCCUGAUCAUGGCCUCCUGGAGCUUGCUGCAUCCAACAUAUCUAGGUUUAUCUCCAGCGAAAAUCACAACUUGCGGUACUUGGGUGUCACUGGAUUGGCUCAAAUUGUGCAAGUGAACCCGGCUUAUGCCGCAGAGCAUCAGAUGGUGGUGGUAGACUGCUUGGAGGACCCUGAUGAGACUUUGAAGCGAAAGACGUUGGACCUGCUUUUCAGAAUGACAAAUCCACAGAACGUUGUGGUGGUGGUUGACAAACUGACUUUUCAUCUGCGAACCAGUGUUGACUCACACCUUCGGAGGGACUUAGUUCAGAAGAUCACAUCGCUGGCAGAGCGGUUUGCUCCUGACAAUGAAUGGUAUGUCAACACCAUGAACACAGUGUUCGAGCUGAGUGGGGAACUGGUGCCCGCAGAGACCGCGUACAACCUUAUGCGCUUGGUGGCCGAAGGUGCAGGGGAGGAUGAGUCAGCAGACACAGCCUUCAGGGUUUUUGCUGUCAAUACCUACCUCAAGCUCCUCGAGAAGCCGACUUUAUCGGACAUUUUGGUUCAGGUCAUUGCCUGGGUACUUGGUGAGUAUGCUAGACUGGCGACGAUCGAUGGUUACACGAUUGAAGACAUUGCUGACCUUCUCUCUGAAUGCAUCGAGCGCCCGUUUGAGGAUCCAUCCACGCGAGGCUACCUUGUCACAGCGCUCUUGAAACUUAUUGGGCAGCAUGGCCUCAAAAGCACGACAGCAGAAGAUAUCAUCCGCAGUUAUCGGUCAUCUCGAAUGACGGACUUGCAGCAACGUUGCUACGAGUUCGAGCAACUUCGACAGUCCCCAGCCCUUAUGCGGAAGGUGCUUCCAUAUGAUGCCUCCUGCGAGGAUAUUGCUGUCAACAAGGAUCUCACCUUCUUGGAAUCGUUUGUUCGGCAAAAGCUGGACGAAGGUGCAAAGCCAUACCAAAAUGCCUCCGAGCGUGCUGCUCGAGCGCAGACACAGAAUGUGCCAAAGGCUGAGGUGGAAACGAAGCCAUCCCUAAACUUUAUGCCCUAUGAGGCCCCAACGAAAGCGCCGCCAGUGUCGUUUCCUCCAGCAGUUGAAACUCACGAUGCAGCAGGUGGUGAAGCACCUGUGCCGACGGGUCUGAAUGUUUCUGGUCCCAGAAAAUGGGGACCGAGCGGAUACAACCAGCCUGGUGGCAAAGGCGAGCCUCCCCAGGCCCCAGCGGCCCCACCACAAGAGAAACAUGUUGCUCCUGAUCAAGGUUUCAGCCAGGUUCAAACCUCAAGCCAGAAACCUGUGCCAAAAGCGGAACCUUCAGGUGCCAUGAAUGAGAAGCAGAGGAUGGCCGCAGCUUUGUUUAGUGGACUCGGUGGUGCUGCCGCCGCAUCUGCGCCUGCUGCUCCAAGCGUUCCAAAACCUGCCCCAGCUGUGGCGCGGGCGCCGCCGCAAGAAAAGGAAGCGCCGCCUCCAUCAGCUGUGGACUUGCUGGAUUUGGAUGACGGGGGUAGUCCUCAAAUAGCUCAAUCACCAUCACCACAGGGUGGUGAUAUGCUUUUGUUGGACAUGGAUGAUUCUGUGCUGGCUCAGCCAACACCAGUGCCAGUUCCACAACCGCCACCGCAGCCAGUCCAGCCACCCCAACCUUUGUUGGGGCCAUUGCAGGUAACGACACCUCAGGUAGGUGCUAUGUGGCCGCAGCUGGCUUCUGAACGCGUUGUCCAAAUACAUACUUCCUUAGGAAGCUGUCAGGAGAUGAUGUUCAGAAUGCAAAAUGCAAUGAACGUCAGCCCUGUUGAGAUAAUUGGCAUGGAAGGCAUUGCAGCGGGCCGUGUGUUGCCUGGAAACGACCCAUGCUUUCUUCAUGGCAAGCUUUCGCCACCUCGCCUUGACAUCAAGAUCAGAUGCCGCGACGCAGGAGUGGCGCAGAAUGUGGCUGACCUAUGCCAAAGGGCUUUGAGCUAGCAGGAAGCUCUUUGUCUCCAGAUCACAGAGCGGAGAGUUAGAGAUGGUGGCUUUGCCAAUUGCCGCAGCUUUCUUGUAGAGUUUCUUCUGGGGUAGCGAUGGUUGGCAGAGUGCAGCAGCUUGCGAAAGCUGCUAGGUCGAAAAAGAUUUGGGCAUAUCCGGGCCAGGUGUUGCACAGGCCCAAAACUACAUCCAUGCACUGAUAUCGAAGAUGUGACUCUGCUCAACCGUAUGCAAUGUGCUGCGCGCGAAGCUUGGCGCAGUGACAGCAAAGGGCAUUAAUUUGCAAGGGUCACUCUCCAAUCAAGGGAGAUGAGGAAAUGUCCUUUAAGUAGAUCCUAGGCCCUAGGCACAAGCCUCAUUGCGCAAUGUCCAAGGCGUACUUUCGCGCAACAAGCAAGGGGCGGCGCAGCAGCAAA